AUGCAUCACAGCGAGAUUGUGUUCCAUAGCACAGUCAAACCAUUUACUGGCGACGGCGAUGUGCACGAACUACCCACAUUUCUUCUCGAACUAGACGGUCGGUUCGAGCAAGGCAAUAUCCGUACGGACCCCGAGAAGAUCAGUUUGUUGAUCUUGCACCUUGGGGGCCGGGCGGCUCGGUGGUUUGUGAAAUACCGGCGUGAGUACGACGUAAAGAUGAUGACGUACGAGGAAGUGGUCGGCCACUUGCGCAAUCGGUUUGGGCAGGACAGUAAUGCGAUGGUGAUUCUCGCACGGUUGAUGGAGGUAAGUCAAAAAGGAACAUUAGCAGAGUACAAUGACGAGUUCUGCAGCUUGUUGUGCAAGUUGCCCGCUGAGUGGGUGCCACCGGAUCACAUGCUUGUAGCCCUUUACUGGAGGGGUCUUGCACCACGGUACUCGAUUGCGAUUCUUCAGGCGGAGGCGAUGGACUUGUCCGACGCGAUGCGCAUAACCGCGAUGAACUCCACCUUGAAUAAAGACGAACUAUAUGGGGACAGUCCUCGCUUACAGAAUCCACGGGAUAUGGGCUGGAGCCCUGUGGGCCUUGAGGAGGACACCUUUGAGGAGCUUCCGCUGUGGAUCCAAGAGAGAUAUCUUGACACUGUCAAGGAUGACUUACCGGCAUACGAGUUCAAUAACUGUUCCGUUGAACAUGCGAUUGAGUUCAAAGAGCAUUCCGAGGAGCCCAGGGCACGCGCCUACAAGUUGAAGUGCAGACUAGAGAAGGUAGCCGUGCAACUAAUACAAGAUCUUCUAGAUAAAGGAUUUAUUGUACCGUCAAAGUCUACUUGCACGUCCCAAUUGACAUUAGUAAAAGAAAAAGAUGCAACUUACCACAUCGCGAUUGACUACCGUCGCAUCAACAAUAUUACCGUGAAGGAUCCGUUCCCUCUACCCACCGUCGAAUCUCUAUUAGCCCGAGUGGGAACCGCCGGCCACUUCACGAUUCUCAAUUUACAUAAUGGCCAAUUUCAGAUCCCAUUAAGGGAAGAAGACCGGUACAAAACAGCAUUUAUUACCACAAUGGGCACCUUCGAAUUCACUGUCAUGCCUGAAGGGCUAUUAAACGGGCCAAACACGUUUGCCAAGUAUAUGGCAGAUGUCGUCGGUGACUUGCCCUUUGUGUUCGUAUACAUGGGCGAUAUUUUAAUAUUUUCUGACACCGAAGAAGAGCACUGGACGCACAUUGACGCAGUCCUCAGCAGGCUUUCCGACAGGAAGCUCGUAUCCCGCAGGUCAGACAGCCACUUCAACCAGGAGGAAUUCGAAUAUCUAGGGUAUGUCAUUAGCAGGAACUCCAUAGAGCCUGCCCGCGACAGGAUAGAAUCCAUUAACCACUAUCCUAAACCCAAGUGUGUCAAGGAUGCCCAGCGCUUCCUCAGCAUGAUCAACUAUUAUCGCAGAUUCAUACCGAAUUUCGCAAUGCUAGUAAAGCCCAUCUUGCAAUAUGCAUGCCGCAAGACCAUCUGGUGGGAAGACCAAGAGAAGGCAUUCGACAAGGUGAAGCGCCUACUACGCACAGGCCCCGUCUUGGUGCCGUACAAAGAGGGCGCCUCUUACAGAUUAACUACAGAGGCCUCCAAGUACGGUGUCGCAGCAGUGCUCGAAGAGGUGGCCGGAAACGAUACCAUCGGCGUUGUGGGCUACUUCUCCAAGCUUCUCAAGGGCGCCCAGCGUCACUACCCCGAAGGCGAAUUGGAGCUUUUGGCUAUUGUAGAAGCCCUCAGACACUUCAGGUAUAUCCUCCAAAAAAUCCCGUUCACAUUGCGGGCAGAUCACAUCAACUUGGCCCUAUUGCAGGACCAGUCCGGACCAGUGCGCCGCAUUUCCGCAUGGUUCGAGGAGCUCAGCGAGUAUGACUUCACGCUUGAGUACUACCUAGACCAGUCCGCAAGCUGA